UCAUAAAAAGUAGAAAGAGUAUUGUUUGUUUGCACGGGUAUCCGCUCACGAAGAGUGUGACCAAAGCGAUGAGUGGACCUCUGAAGUCAAAUUUGUUUUUCUACAGGGUCUUAAAGCUUGUUUUGGUGAUAGCACUGUUUACAUUGCCCGAGUACAGAGUAUCCGCAGUAACCUGUAGUUCCGGUUGGACCAAGUACGGAGAGAACUGUUACCGACUGUACACGUCAAAACUGCCGUGGAUGAACGCCCUGAAGGCGUGUCAGGCCGUGGGUAGUAGUCUGGUGGACGUAGGCUCAGACGGGGAACAGACCUUUGUACACAACCUCGCCAGAGGGUACGAGUUUUGGAUCAGUGGGUCAGAUUCCUCCACUGAGGGUCAGUGGCUAUGGUACGGAAGCAUUCAGUCCUGGGGGUACACCAAAUGGAACUCAGGCGAGCCCAAUAACGCUGGGGGCGAGGACUGUGCCAGUUUACUGAGCGGUGGACGGUGGAACGAUUACCCAUGUAGCCGAAGCAUGGCCUACAUCUGUGAACAAACAACUGCACUGGACGCCUGUGACUCCACGUGGAGUUUUAGGAACGGUAGAUGCUACAAGCUGUUUACGUCAAAAGUCACGUGGUCAAAUGCGUUGAAGACCUGCCAGGCCAACUCAGCUAACCUGGUCAACAUUGCUGAUUCCGGCGAAAAUGCUUUUGUCUAUGGCCUUCUGAGAGGUGAGAGCGUGUGGAUGGGAGGGUUUGACGGACCGACGGAGGGGUCGUGGGCGUGGUCCGGGGGAGUUUUCACCUGGAGCUACACCAACUGGAACUCAGGCGAGCCUAAUAACUCUGGGGACGAAGAUUGCAACAUGAUGUAUUCUAGCAGUGGAAGAUGGAAUGAUGGGAGAUGUUCGGGCUCGCUGCAGUUUGUAUGCGAAAAAAAUACGCCACCAAUUAAUGGUGGAUGGGCGGGAUUCGGUUCAUACGGCGCAUGCUCCAAAACCUGCGGGGGAGGUACUCAGACGAGGUCAAGGACGUGUACAAACCCCGCCCCUCAGUGGGGAGGAGACAACUGUCCCGGAUCUUCUACGUCAUCACAGGCUUGUAACACCCACAGUUGCCCAAUUGACGGAGGCUGGGCUAGCUGGGGGAGUUACGGAUCCUGUACUGUGACGUGUGGAGGAGGGACUCAGCAGAGGUCACGCACCUGUACUAACCCCGCCCCCCAGUAUGGCGGGGCUAACUGUCCGUCGAGCAGUACAUCGUCACAGAGCUGUAACACCCAUAAUUGUCCAAUUGAUGGUCAGUGGACCAGCUGGGGUUCAUGGGGUUCAUGCUCAGUCAGCUGUGGAGGCGGAAGUCAGUCAAGAUCAAGGUCAUGCACAAACCCCGCCCCCCAGUAUGGAGGCAGUGCUUGCUCCGGCUUCUCCUCUACGUCACAGGCCUGUAACACACACAACUGUCCAAUCAAUGGAGGCUGGGCUAGCUGGGGGAGUUACGGAUCCUGUACUGUGACGUGUGGAGGAGGGACUCAGCAGAGGUCCCGCACCUGUACUAACCCCGCCCCCCAGUAUGGCGGGGCUAACUGUCCGUCGAGUAGUACAUCGUCACAGAGCUGUAACACGCAUAAUUGUCCAAUUGAUGGCCGGUGGUCAAGUUGGGGAUCCUACGGCACAUGCUCAGUGACCUGUGGAGGCGGAACUCAGUCUCGUUCUCGUACCUGUACGAGUCCAUCCCCCCAAUAUGGCGGCGCUUCCUGUCCUGGGGCUAAUUCAAUGUCUCAAAAUUGCAACACGCAGGUUUGCAUAAUUGACGGAAGUUGGGGAGCUUGGGCAACGUGGGGGUCUUGUACAAAGACCUGUGGGGGCGGAAGAAGGUCGCGCUCACGAUUUUGCACCAACCCAAGACCGGCUAAUGGCGGAUUAGACUGCCCAGGGAGCUCAGCUGAUUUUGACGAUUGUAACACAGGGUCAUGCACUUCUGUAGCCGCUGGAACAUAUCAACAGUUAUGUCCAACCGGUUUCUUCACCUGUCAAUCUGGUGGUAUCACGUGUAUUCAGUCGUCAUUCCAAUGUGACUGCUCAUCAGACUGUGACGACGGAAGUGACGAAACAGCGACGUACGCCGGAUGUACCAUGCCAGACACGUGUGAAAACGGGGCUAGCCGGUUUGCCAUCUCUUUGCCGAUCCUGUUUGGAACAAUUCUGAGCGGUCUCCUUGCCGUGGUUUUGUCUGCUAGAUGACUUGAACUUUAAUUUGUUAUCAUGCUCCAUGUAUAGACAUUAAAUUUUAGCAUCAUCAAAAAAAUAUAUAUCAUUGAUUUGACAUUUUGAUAUUUUAUAGCAUGUCAGUUUUAUUAAUUACAUGUUUUUGUAAUUCUGCCCAAUGUAUAGAUAAUGUUUAAUGUGUCACCAAACGACUUCAUUGAAAUAAAACUAUAUUCAUCGCA